AUGAUUAUCUCGUCAGGCCUGUCAGCAGAUGUCAGUGAUCUCUCCCUGGAGUUGCUGGUUGAUAGGUAUGAUAACCUCUUGCGUGACACCAUGGAUACAUUGGCUCCGGUGAAAUCUCGGACCAUCGUCCUUCGUCCAAACUUCCCCUGGUAUAAAGAGGACAUUGGCAAUGAGAAGAGGAAGAGGCGCAGGUUAGAGCCGGGCAGGUGGCGCUGUAGCCGUCUUGAGUCGGACAGAUUGAGCUACCUAGAGCAAUGUCGUGUUGUGAAUGCAAUGCUAUACAAAGCCAAGGAAUUCUAUUAUUCGUCGGUUAUCCAGGACAACGCCCAUGAUACCAGGCUCCUAUUUCGAUCUAUAGAUAAGCUACUGCAAAGGCAAACUGAGAAAGCAUUAUCCUUCCGCCGAUAAUGAUCAACAACUUGCAAUUGCUUUUGCAGAUUUUUUCACCACCAAGAUAGAAAGGAUUCGUGAAGAGCUUGUACUUAGGAAAAGUGGACUUGUUCACUCCCCUGGUCUGGCCAAGCCCACCUGCCUGUCACGGUUAAGUGAGUUUGAUUUGGUCACUGAUGAGGACGUCUUGAAAGUGAUCUGA